GCGCGCUCUCUGAUUGGCUCUCCUCUGCAGCAGCCUACUCACUGGCAGCACGCGCUGCUCCGGUCUGUCAGUGUUCCCGGUACAGACCCGCAGUCAGACCAGAACCAGCAAAGACCCGCAGAGACUAGGACCGCAUCAGACCCAUUCUAAGUCGGACUGACUAACACGGACACCCCUCUCCCUCCCUCUCCCUCCCUCUCCCGGUUCGUCUGCGUGCUUCAUCUCCUUCUCCGUUUUGGAUCAAUCUGUCCCGGGUCGGACCGACAUGGCGCAGGACGUAAACCGGACCGGACCGUGCGGGACGAGACUGUGAACGUAAAAACCGCCGCGUGCCAGAGCGCGCGCUACCGUGCGCAUGAAUGAAUGGCAGAGAUGGACCGGAAACUACUGACUCAGGUGGUUUGUGUGUGUGUGUUUCUGACUGGACAAGUAUCUCCGGCAGAGUUAACCUGCGAGACUUUGAUCCUGUUGUCAACUAACCUGACAGCGAGGACAUUGGCGUUACUGAAUCAGACGUUCACCAUCAGUAACUCCUCAGGUCUGCACUGUGACCUGUCUGUGGAUGGAAUAGGAACCUGUUGGCCUCGCAGUGCAGCAGGAGUGUUGAUCUCCAGACCCUGUCCUGAGCAGUUCAAUGGCAUCCACUACAAUACCACAAAUCGGGUAUACAGAGUGUGUCAGUCCAACGGCAGCUGGGCUCCUCGAGGAAACUACAGUCAGUGCACUGAGAUUAUUGUUCUGAGGAAGAGUAAAGUUCAUUAUCAGGUUGCUGUGAUCAUAAACUACCUGGGUCAUUGUAUCUCUCUGGGAGCUCUGCUGCUGGCCUUCACUCUCUUCAUGAGACUCAGGAGUAUCCGGUGUCUGAGGAACAUCAUCCACUGGAAUCUGAUCUCAGCCUUCAUCCUGAGGAACGCUACCUGGUUCAUUGUCCAGCUAACCAUGAACCCUGCUGUUACCGAGAGCAACCAGGUGUGGUGCAGGUUGAUGACUGCAGCCUAUAAUUAUUUCCAUGUGACAAACUUCUUCUGGAUGUUUGGUGAAGGUUGUUAUCUCCACACGGCCGUGGUUCUCACCUACUCCACUGAUAAACUCAGGAAGUGGAUGUUCAUCUGCAUUGGCUGGGGUAUUCCUUUCCCCAUCAUUGUGGCCUGGACAUUUGGGAAACUUUACUAUGACAAUGAGAAGUGCUGGUUUGGAAAGAGAGCAGGAGUUUACACGGACUACAUCUACCAGGGUCCCAUGAUCCUGGUCCUGCUGAUUAACUUUGUCUUCCUGUUCAACAUCGUUCGGAUCCUGAUGACCAAACUGAGGGCGUCGACUACCUCAGAGACCAUUCAGUACAGGAAGGCAGUGAAGGCGACUCUGGUGCUGCUGCCUCUGUUAGGAAUCACCUACAUGUUAUUCUUUGUGAAUCCUGGAGGAGAAGACGAGGUUGCUCAGAUCGUCUUCAUCUACUUCAACUCCAUACUCGAGUCCUUCCAGGGAUUUUUUGUUUCAGUUUUCUACUGUUUUCUCAACAGUGAGGUGCGCUCUGCAGUCAGGAAGCAUUGGAUUCGUUGGCAAGACCGUCAUUCCAUCCGGAGCCGGGUGGUGCGCGCCACAUCACUGCCGACCUCACCAAGCAGAGUAUCCUUCCACAGCAUCAAACAGUCCUCCAACCUCUGACCUCUGUUGGAUUUGAACUUAUCCGGUCACAGUCUGUGAUGUAAUUCAGUUCAGCCAGUCAGAGGUCUUAUUCUGCACUGGAACCAAUGGGUCAGAUCAGACCAGCCAAUCACAGUGCAGGACACAGAUUCAUGGAGCCAGUCAGACGGAGCUCUAUUAGUCUGCACUCUGCCUGGUCCCGCCUCACUUCAUCUGUUGACCAGUCUCUGGGCUUGACCAAUCAGCUGCUUCCACAGGGGCAGCUGUGCUGUGUCUGUGUUCUGUAAUCAAUAAGUUUGUUCAUUUAUUGAUAAGUAUGUUAUUGAUGAGCUGUAACCUUCUAUAUUGUAAUACUGAUCACCAGCUUCCUCCUAUUUAUCAGAGCUAAAUACAUACACACAGUCAAUAGUUAUAUUAAUCUUAGUUUGUUUGUUUUCAGAGAAACAAACCAAAUUGUUUCAGCUGCAGCUGAGCUCUGGAUCAGUUCAAUAUUAAUUUCAGAAAAGUGGGUGGCACUGUGGCAUCCGCUGCCCAGUAUCACGCAUUUCCUAUAGAGCCAUGAGAAAACAAUAGGAUUCUGUAAAAAGCUGAAUAAUAAUCAUAAACCUUUUGGGUUGUUUGUGUGGUAGGUACCUCGAAAUGUUCCUGAACACUCAAAAAAAGAAAAGACUGGUAAACUAAAUGAUCACUAUCUUAACUAGUCCUGUUUUUACUGCUAGACAAACCAGCUGUGUAAAAACAAAAAACAAACUUUUUAUUUUAAUGCGAGAUGCUGAAGAGAUGCUCUUGCAUAUGUAUUAUAAAAUCCAAAUGUUCUGCAGCUUUAGUUCAGCUUUGAUAUCCAUCACAGUCCCAAUGAAUAUCAUUGAUAUCAAAAUGGCUAAAUUCUGGGGAUUAUAACAAAGUUGCAGAAGAAAACAAAGCAUGCAACACUGUCGCAUGUAUCCAAAUCCCUCAGAGCCGCAGCUGAAGGUGAAGCUCCUGAACACAAGUUCAGCUGAACAACUGCCAGGGGGCGCUCUGACAAACCGAAAUAUGAACUCUUGUCCUCUGAUCAGUUUUUGAGAGAGGAAAAAAACCCUAAUUCGGUUUUUAUGCCCAAAAGCGCAACACCUGGACAUCUGGGGAUCUUACAGUGCCUUGCGAAAGUAUUCGGCCCCCUUGAACUUUGCGACCUUUUGCCACA